UCCUAAGCUACACUGCUACGGCAUCAUAUCUCAUUCAUAUACACCAACCAUACAUAAGGACUCGGACUCUCCGAGUGGAUCUCAUAAAGUUGGUUUCUUGAUUCUUCCCAUUUACCUCACUAUUUGAUUCGCCUUGAAAUGCUUUGGCAUCCAUCCAAUCCAACUUCAAAUGCAAAUCUAAAGUCAGAAGAAGGUAAGAAAGUGACACUCCUCACACUUACUGUUACAGCCUCAGUCUCCGAUGUCCCGUCCUCGGACUUUCCUUUUCCUCUUCUUCCUCUUCCUGUUUUUCUGGUCAACUUUCUUCCACCUCCCGCCAUUCCUGGGAUUGCACGCUCUCGCUUCUAAAGCCGUCACGCUCUCCUCAAACCAGCUUCCCGAUUUCCCCUGUAAACAACCCUAUCAAACUCCCUUCCCUUUCUGCGACACUUCCCUUCCUACUUCAACCCGAGCUCGCUCCCUCGUCUCCCUCCUUACUCUCCCUGAAAAAAUUAGUCUGCUCUCCAACAACGCUUCUGGCAUUCCCCGACUCGGUAUUCCCCCUUACCAGUGGUGGUCCGAAUCGCUUCACGGGAUUGCCUCCAAUGGUCCCGGCGUCUCCUUCAACGGCACUAUUCCCUCAGCUACGAGCUUCCCGCAAAUCAUUGUUCAAGCAGCCUCUUUCAAUAGGACCCUCUGGUCUUCCAUCGCAUCAGCUAUUGCGAUCGAAGCUAGAGCUAUGUACAAUGUUGGUCAGGCUGGCUUGACUUUCUGGGCGCCGAAUAUUAACAUUUUCAGAGACCCUAGAUGGGGGAGAGGACAGGAAACACCUGGAGAGGACCCGAUGCUGACUUCGGCUUUUGCGAUUGAGUACGUGAGGGGCCUUCAAGUUGGGAAUUGGGAGACAAGAGGGGGGAUUAGAAAUGGAUUUGGAGUGCAAAGGGUGAUGAGUGAGAAUGGUGGGAGUCAUGAUAAACUUAUGGUGUCUGCUUGCUGCAAGCAUUAUACUGCUUAUGACUUGGAAAAUGUGGCAUGAUUUGCUAGGUACAAUUUCAAUGCUGUGGUUUCGCAGCAAGAUUUGGAGGACACUUAUCAACCCCCAUUUCGUAGUUGUAUCCAAAAAGGGAAAGCAAGCUGCUUAAUGUGUUCCUACAAUGCGGUUAAUGGUGUUCCUGCUUGUGCUAGUGAGGAUCUCUUAAGAAUAGUUAGAAAGGACUGGGGCUUUGAGGGAUAUAUCACUUCAGACUGUGAUGCUGUGGCUACGGUUUUUGAAUACCAGAAUUACACAAAAUCCGCGGAAGAUGCGGUUGCUGAUGUUCUCAGAGCAGGCGUUGAUAUCAAUUGUGGGACAUAUAUGGUUCGAAAAACUGGAUCAGCUAUCAAACAAGGAAAGGUGAAAGAAAAAGAGAUAGACAGAGCCCUUUUCAACCUUUUUUCUGUUCAAUUGCGUCUUGGACUGUUUGAUGGAGAUCCCAGAAGGGGCCUGUUAGGGAGCCUUGGUCCACUGGAUGUUUGUACCCCAGAACACAAAACACUGGCGCUUGAAGCAGUAAGGCAGGGGAUUGUACUUCUGAAGAAUGAUAAGAAAUUCCUUCCUUUAAAUAAGAAUGUUGUUGAAACCAUGGCAGUUAUUGGGCCAAUGGCCUCUACAAACGAGCUAGGUGGUACCUACUCAGGAACACCCUGCAGUUCAAAAACCUUAUAUGAGGAGUCCAAACAGUAUGUAAAGAAGAUAUCAUAUGCUCCUGGUUGCAUUGAUGUAUCAUGCCUUUCUGAGGCUGCUUUUGAUGAUGCUAUUCGUGUGGCUAAAGAAGCUGAUUAUGUUGUUAUAAUUGCUGGGAUCGAUACAACACAGGAGGCAGAGGAUCUUGACCGAGUUAGUCUUCUCUUACCUGGGAAACAGAUGUCUCUUGUAUCUUCUAUCGCUGCUGCUAGUAAAUGUCCUGUGAUUCUAGUACUUACUGGUGGAGGACCCCUUGAUGUUACCUUUGCUGAAGCAAAUCCUCAAAUUGCAAGUAUUCUCUGGGUUGGAUAUCCUGGUGAAGCUGGGAGCAAAGCGCUGGCAGAAAUUAUCUUUGGAGAGGCCAAUCCAGCUGGAAGGCUUCCAACGACUUGGUACCCUGAGUCAUUCACCAAGGUUCCCAUGACUGACAUGCGGAUGCGUGCUGAUCCCACUCGUGAUUAUCCGGGAAGGACCUACCGAUUUUAUACCGGAAGUAGAAUAUAUGGAUUUGGACAUGGCUUAAGUUAUAGUACUUUCUCAUACAAGUUCUUAUCAGCACCGAGUAAGAUCGGUUUGUCAGGAACCUUCAAGGAUGGUUCCAUAAAGGGUACAUUAAGACAAGAAGGGAAACAAGUUUAUUCAGUUGAUGACAUUCCUGCUGAUGAGAUGCAAGAUUGUAUCUCAUUGAGAUUCUCGGUGCAAGUUUCUGUGAUGAACCUUGGAGAGCUGGAUGGAAGUCAUGUUGUGAUGUUGUUUUCUAGAGGGCCAGAAGGUUUAAAAGGCUCACCAGAAACACAGCUUAUUGGAUUCGAUCGUCUGCAUACUGUUCCUUCCAGGUCUACUGAAACUAGCUUUUUGGUGGAUCCUUGUGAGCACUUUAGCGUUGUGGAUGAGCAUGGAGAAAGGAUGCUCCCCUUGGGUAAUCACAUUUUAAGGCUAGGGGAUAUUGAUCACAUUGUUUCAAUUGAAAUUGAUUGAUGGCAUGUAAUAUGCCUCGAUCCAAUUGUCUAAAUUCAUUGAUCAGAAUAAUUUGUUUG